GCGAGGUUGUGGUGAGGGCUUGUGUGGCUGUGCUCGGUGUUGUGCUGUGAACUCGAUGUGCGUGCGUUAUCAGUUGAUAAGAUAACGUACUGCUGAUACUGAUUGAUAUAUAAUAUAAAAGAUAUUGCACUGCAGACUGCUGUGUAUUUAUGAAUUAAUAUUUAAGAUAAAGAAUAACUUGCUGUGACGUAGGUUGUGCUCAUGUGAUUAAUACUGACUAGAGGAGACACCACAGAAGACCUUCAUGUAAUUUCAUGGGCUGACAGAUAAACAGCUCAGAGUCCAGAACAAUGAGCAAGUUAUUUCCAAUGUUCAAGAAGAAGGGGAGGGGGAAGGAAGAGGAGAUAGAGGAUGAGACAAAGAAGAAGAAGAGAGGUAAGACAGGGAAGGGAAAAGAGGAGAUUAUCAGUUCCGCUCUUCCAUCCCUGUCCCCCUCUUUCUCCAAAUCAGGUAAGAAGAAGAAGAAGGAGAAAGAUGCAAAGCAGAAAGAAUUGUCGUUUGGGAAGGAGAAUCUCUUUGUGGCGGACAUGGAGGAACUGCAGAACAGAGAGUUCUAUAUUGGCGACGAUGGUUCUGUGAAAACGGGGCCCAGGCUGGAAGUGACAAGUUUUGACGUGUCCUUUGAAGAGGAAGUCAUUGGCAUCCCAAGAGGAAAAGGCAGUGUCACAGACGGGGACCUGGAAAUCGAUGUCCAAAUUGAUGAGGAGAGUGUGGUCAGCUUAAACAGGGAUGACAGUGCAUCUGAAGAGAGUGGAAGUAGAUUGGAUUACGAGGAUGGUGAUAUUUCCGGAAAAAGUUUUAAUGUUGUUGGGGGGUUCUCUGAGGACGUUUUUGAGGCAAGCACAGACUUGUUUAAAGAUUCUAAUGUACCUGACGAGGAAGAAGCCGGUGAGGAAAUUCUGGCAAAUAUCAGUGGAUCAUCUGAAAACACAGACCUUAUGUUUACUAGUCAUUGUGAGGAACAAAGUCCUGAUGCGAAACACGAAGAAAAAGAAGAUUCGGGCAUUAGCAUAAAGGAUCUCUCCCCUCCAGAGCUGGACAGAAGUGGUUCAUCAGAGAACUUAUCUGCUGAGAGAUAUGCUAUGAAUGGAAAUUCAGAAGCAGCAGCAACUCGUAACAUUGAAAAUGGAGAAUUGCCUGAUAUGGAGGACACAAAAGGGACUAAUGAGGAUACCGUUAGUGUUAGUGCUUGUUCUGCUGUGAAGGAAGAUCAGUCAGUGGUUGUGAUCUCAAAUAGUGAAGAAACUCAGGAAGCAAGUCCAUCUCUAAUUUUGCCUCAAAAGGAAAGUGACCCAGAUGGAAAUAACAGUGGGGAGACAGUAACACCAGAGGCAGAGGAUGAACACACCAAGGAUGACCAAAGCCUGUUGAGCAGCCAGGAUAGUGAUGAAGACUUUGAUUCAGCUCAGGAAGAUUGGGAUGAAGCAGACGGUGGGGAACAGAAAGAGAUUAAUCCUGAAGGGCAUAAAUCAGGUUUGUUGGAUGGCAGUGUAGUCGAAGAUCAGAGUAACCAUGAAAUUAAAUUAGCUGAGCAAGGUAAAUCAUCAUCAGCUGGUCUGCUCUUGAAUGAAUCGGUUAAUAGUGCCAUGAUACAUAGGAUUGAGGAGAGUGAAAAUGUUAGGGAUAUACAAAGGGAAAUUAGCAGUGGUUCUUCCCAAUUUGAAGAUGCAUCUUUUAUUCAGGAGAAUGCAGAUGCUGUUGGUAUUAAUACAGUGGUUGAGGCCUAUAAUGAUGAUGUCACAAUUGACUCUAAGGGAGUUGAAAGAAGGAAUUCCCUAUCAAAGGAAAAGCUUGUUCGAAAAUUGUCUGGCAUAUCAACAACCUCUAGUGAUGCCUUCAAUGAGGAGUUAGAUGAGCUUUUGGAUGAAGAACUGGACAGAUUGUCAGAGGAGGAGGAAGGAUUAGAGUCAGAGGACAGCCAGUCCCUGAAGACAUGCCAGUCAUCAUUAGGAGAGGUCCUUGCAAGUAGCCAAGAUGCCAGUCUUUCUGAGGAUAUUUGUAGAGCAGGUGAAGAAGACCUUAAAGUUGAGGUUGAGUUGCCAGGAGAUUCUCCAGUUGUUCCUGAGACACCUGACAUACCCGAGAAAAGGAUAGAAGAUAGUGAAAUCAAAACAGAAGUAAUUGACAUUGAUGUCAAAGAUGGAAAAGCAGAGAUCUAUGACUUAUCACCUGAAAGCAGUACUAGCUUGAAGAACAGUGCCAGUUCACCAGACAUAGCCAAGACCUCACUUCUAAACCCUGAUGAAGGAACAGAGUUAGUGAAGGACAGUGGUUAUUAUAGCCUCCCUGUAUCACCAAAGCCUGGGAUAGACCUGCGUGAGAAUAAGGAUAAUGCCAGUGUGGCCAACAAGGGUGAUGAUUCUUUUGUUGAUAGUGAGGAAGAGGGCAUGGUCACCCCUCCCAGUGAAACAACAUUGGUGAAAGAUGAUUCUUCAAAACAAAAGGAAGGUGAGGAUUGUGUGGAUGAUAAACUGCCUCAGAAUGGGUCAACCCAUGAUGAGUCAACUCUUCUAUAUCAGUCUUGUCUUGAAAGCAAUGAAGCUGAAGAUACUGAAAAGAUAGAGAAGGUAACAGAUAGCAACAAUGACAUGCAUAGUGAAACUGAAAUUUCAGAGCAUUCCAACAACUCAAGUACAAGUAAAGCCAAAAAUCUUGAGCUUCAUAUUCCAAAGGAUGUAACCACAGAGUUUAAAGAGGAAAUUAAUUCUCCAAGUUUGGGAACACCAACCAAAAAUAGACUGAAAUCUCCAAUUCCUGAAAAUACACCACUGAAGGCAGACAGUGGUUCUCUGACAAGUCCUGAUCCUGUUGGAGACAGGUUCUUGGCAGUAGCUGUUUGCCAAUCACAUGAUGAAGCCGAGGCGCGGCUAGCCCAACGACGAGCAGCACGUGCGGAAGCGAGAGAACUCAGACUACGAGAACUCGAAAAGCAGCAGCAGGACCAAGAAAAUGAAGAGGAAAAGCAAUUCGGAACCCCUGCGUUUGCAGAGGCCGAGGAAGAUGAAGAGGAGGAUGAUGAUGAUGAGGAGGAAUCCCAAGAGCCUUCACCUAGAGCGGCUGCCCCCACCCGGACGCCGCUCAGUCGCACAGGGGCACUCAGCAGCGCGGGGCAGUUCUCCAGAAGGUCAUCAGAGGACUCCACCACUGAUGACUCCGCACUCCCGGCCAACGUGAGGGAGAUGAGGGCCGAAUUGAAAGAAUUAGACGAAAAAUUCCGCAAGGCUAUGAUAACUAAUGCCCAGUUAGAUAAUGAAAAAGCGACUCUAACAUUUGAAGUAGAACUAAUGAAGGAUAAGUAUACUGAGCUUGAAGAAACACAUACACAGUUAUCGAAAGAGCAUAGGAAGAAGUGUACUGAAUAUGAACAACUUAAGAAAGUAGCAACAAAGUUACAAGAAGAAGUUAAAGCUCUUCGGGCUUUGUUACAAGAAAGAGAUGCGUUAAUACAGGAAUACGGCUUGGUGGUGGUUGGUGAGGAAGAGAAUGGAGAAGCGGAAAUUCCCGCCAAGGAUGAAGACGAUGAGUUUGCUGAUAUGGAUGACCUCACACCUAGGAAAAUUGCAGUGAAGAAGGCGCUGCUUUCUCAGGAAGCAGCCGAAUUGCUCAGCAAAGGGGCUGCUCAGGAUUCAUUAGAUAUUAGGCUAAAGAAGUUUGGCGAAGAGAAGAAGGAACUAGAAGACCAAGUUAGAAGAUUGAAGCUCGAACUUGAGGAGGAAAAGAAUAAGAACAGAAGAAGAAAAGAAAACGGUUUAGACUAUGACAGGCAAAAGGAACAAAGCAAAACUGUAAACGAAUAUAAGUUUAGAGUGCAGAAGGCAGAAGCUGAAGUGUCUACUUUACAGGCUAACGUGGCAAGGCUGGAUGCUCUCUCGACUCGAUAUAGGACCCAAUCGGAAGAACUAGAGAAGAGUGAAGAGGAACUAAAAUCUGAAAAACGAAAAUUACAACGGGAGCUAAGGGAUGCCCAGAAUAGGUUAGAAGAACUGGAAACCACCAAUAACCAUCUAAUAAAACGGUUUGACAAGUUAAAAAAUGCCAGAUCUACCCUGCUCAAGGACCUGUCCCAAGACCCUGCCUGAGGAGCUGGACAGACCUGCACCCUCUCCUCCCAAGGACCUCCGACCUUUCCUCCCGCCAAUCUUCAACUUGUAGGCCACGAUGACACCCAAAACCUGUUGGGGAAGCUUGACGAAGUUCCUGGGUGAAUAGUGCUUAUGGACUAUUCAGUGUGAUACAAUGUUACUAGGAAUGUAGGUGUUGACUGCAUAUUAAGAGAAGAAAAAAAAAUAAGAAAACAGUUCUCUCUCACUCUCUCUCUUUGUUUUUUGUUUUUUCAUAAUCAUUAUUAUUAUUAUUAGUGUGAUGGAAAUAUGGUACUACCUAGUAAUGAGGUUAUUUAGGAAUUAUAAUAAUAAUAAAAGUUAUUUGAGUUGUGUACAUGGACGUAUUGUGUAAUACAGCAAUAUGUGAAUGGUUUUAUGAUAUAUCUGCCUUCAGAUUGCUUGUUUGCAGAAAGUUGCCAGUUGUUACAAGUUGAAGGCUUGCUUACUGAGUAUCCCACAGUAACUACUUAAUCAACCCCCCCCCCCUCCUCCUUAUCUUUCUCACACAUCCCCCCCCCCCUCUCCUUAUCAAAAUCUCUGUGAUUAUGUUGAUAUAUGGGUGGAUACUUUAGACCAUUUUAAAGAAUAUAUGAAACAUAAUGAUAAUAACUGAAAAAUAAAAGGAUGCCUUUGUGCCUCAAGAACCUUUAUAGCUUUUGAAGUUAUUAUGCCUCAGGUGAUGAGUCUGCCUUCUUGGGUGGGUUAACAGUUGAUGAUACUUUAACCAGGGCUGCUUUUACACAGCAUCAUCUCAGGCUAAAGUGGUCUUUGUUAAAGCAACCCAAACUGAAGCUUUACACUACUUGAAAACAGGGCUGAAGCUGCCACUGCCUAGUUGGUUGGACACUUGUUAUACGCUGUCAACCUUGGGGUCUAUACAGAGUAUGUGAAGCCUGGAAGUUUUUGUUGAAUCAGGUGAUCAGUGAGUUACUAUUAUUUCUUUUUUGGCUUUUUACUGAUUUUUAGAUAUUAUUACUAUUACUGUUAUUAGUAUUAAUAUCAUUAUUUUUAUCAUCAGCUUAAUUCCGUAUUUUCAUUCAUGAAAGUUAUUUGCUAAAAACUAAAACAAAACAUUUAAGAAUUACUGAGACCAUUUUGAUAAUAUUUUUCAUUUCUUUUCCAUUUUUAAAUCUUAAAUUGCCUUGCUUCCACCUGAAAUGGCAUUAGGUUUGUUCUAGUGUUAGUUUUUUUUUAUCACAAUUAAUUUCAUUUGUGUUUUUCAAUAUUCAUUUUCUUCCCUGUACCUUUGGAGUGCAUCCUUGUAGCCAGUAAUUAUAAUCAUAUUCAUGUUUGCAGAGUGAUGUCCAUAUUUCCAAUGGACUUCCUGUUUUUUUUUUUUUUUUUUUUUCUCUCUCUCACUUUUUUUCUUUCCACCAUAAAUAUAUAGAUAUAUUUUAUGCGCGUGGAGUGUUAAUACCGUUUGGAAUUUAAUGUGAUAAUUUUUAGAAAUGUGCCACUGUGCCGUUGUUCCUGUCCGAGCACAUCAUGUCCAUUUUAAAGAACAAUAGAUUAUGGUUGGUUGGUUAGUAUAUUUAUUUAUAUUAUUGUCCAAAAAAAAAAGAGAAGAAUUUGUAUGUUGUUAUUAUAUCCAUUGUUGUUCUCAUUAGUGAGGAGAAAGGAGUGACCAGAAAUUGCUACACAGGUUCAUUGGGCUCCCUCUCUCACAAGUGUUGCACAAAACAAAUUUACUUUAUGACAAAUGUUAUUUAUUGUUACAUGUGAUUGAAGCUUCUGGCAUUGUUGAGCAUAAUCGAGAAGUAGAUCAUUCCUCCCUGCCGUAACAGGAAUGGCCGAAGUGCGAAGGGCCAAACUAUGAGCAGCCAGUGCUUUAUCCUUCCAAACGUGCUAACCUAUCACACAGAUUUAUGCAUGUCCCAUUUGGUGCAGGAGAGCACUCAAGUCAACCUACAAGGAAUCUACAAAGAAAGAACAAAGAAAAUGCAGCUUGUUUUCAUUUAGAUCCAGGGAAAUAGUCUGUACACUUUCUCAGUCAUGCAGAGUGAUGAAAUGUCUUCAGUACACAUACCAGCAGAAUUUCUCAUCAUGGUUACUUAAGUCUUAAAACACAGAUACAAAGUCAGAAUGCUGACACUGCUUUCACUUCAGGAAAAAUAUAAAUAUAGACCUAUAUAUAAACACAUCUGCAAGUUUCAUCAGUUGAAGUUGGUGGUAGAAAACUCCAUGAGCAGCAUCUUAGCUCACACUGAUGUUGCAUUAACCCAGUGAUGAAUGCCCACCAUACCAUACCAGGUACACAUGUCAGGGUCAGAUGGCCAGAGCCUCGUGCAGUCCCGUGCAGUCAAGAAACUCAAGUGUGAAUCUUUGGUGUAAAUCAAAGCUGAGCCUCACUUACCUCAACCAAGGCUGAUGGUCUUCGAUGACUUCACAGAGGAACGUGCAUGCCAAAUAUUGUUCAGGUGGUGGGGAGCUUCAACUAACCCAGCUCUUAGGGACCACUUAGGCAACAGCUGACAGAGAUCGCCUCGAAGCACUUGGGUGUUUACAUAAGUACCCUGACUGCCCCUGGCUCAGCCUAGAGCUGGUGGUCAGUUAGUGUUGCAAGAUUGAAGUGGUUCAGAAAGUGGGUUAGCAUUUUUAAAAUAGAUAAAGUAGAUAUAUUUGUCCAGGGUCUUCAGAUUAGUUUGGUUUCUCUAUUUUGAAAAAAGUUGAUGUAGUACUUACACAUUUGGUGAGAAAUUGACCAAGAAAUUCAUGGCAUUCAUAUUGAUGAUUGCCAGUUAUUUUGAUAGUUGUUUGAAUAAUUUCUAGUUUUAUCUUAUAGUUUGAGCUUUUCAUUUGUCCAAAAAGAAGGAAAGAAAUAUUAAAAGGUUAGAUAGAACCACAGAUUUCAAGACUAUCCAGUGACAAGAGUGGAGUAUGAAGCGCAUGUUUGAUCAUGAACUAAAAAGAAAAUGUAAAUAGGAUCGAAUCAGCAUUGGGCCAAUUAGUAUUGAUUAGAGAAACUCAUAUUUUUUCUAUUGAGAUACCUAUUUUUGGUCUUCCAACUUUUUAUUUCUGAAAGGGUCUGCAUGUGAAGGUUUUGUCGUGAUGCGAGGUUGAAGUUCAAAGUGAAGCGCUUUGUCCACAAGGAGUUUUAGACGAAGUCAGUCUCUCUUAUUUAUCAAGCUAGUGUGUGAUGAUUAUCUUGCAUAAAGAAGGGGAGGAAGAUGCUUCUUCUUUCCUACUCUUGAAAGUUUUGCUUUCGUUUGGAAGGCGUUUUGCUUAUGAUGUACUGGUACUUAUUUUCUUACAGGGGUUCUGGCAUGGUCAUUAAUAAGUGCCAGAUAUGUAUUUAUUAGUGCUCACAUAACAUGAUUUUAUUUUAUUUUAUUUGCACAGUGUGCCAUGUUAUUGUUUUUAACUGCAUAAUUGAUUAAAGGCACAACAUCAGAGAUAUGUUAAGUGUUAGAGGAAUAUUUAUAUAUACAAAUAUAUAUAAAGAUGACAAUCGUAAAAGAUCAGUUGGAUGUGAUUUAAGAGAAGGAAUUUCAAAAGCUCUUAGUGUUGCAGACCCUUCUAACAAUAGGUCGAAGUACCCUUGAGGGACUCGAGCCUGUUGCCAGUCAUAGCUGUAACUUCAUGCUCAGUGUGCCAAUAGAGGAUUCUGUUGGCCCCAUGCUAGCAGGAGUGCUCAAGGGUAGUGUUCUAAAGGUUGUUUGCAUCAAGCUAUUAUGCUCCUGGAGGAGGAGGCCCAGACGAUGAAGUAUGUAGUCAGAUUUGGUAAUUUCUUUGGCAAUGUGAGUGCGAACAAAGGACAGUUUGUUAGUGUGAGUGCGCGAUUGUGUAUGCAUGCAUGCCAGCCAAGUCUGUGAAAAUGUUUUGACUGUUCCAAAUUACAUUGCCCAAGCAAUUACUGGUACUAUUUUUUAUAUUUCACAGCCUGGUUUUAAAAAGUUGCUGUAAUUUUUUACGAAAUGGAGGAAAAUACAAUAUUAUUUCAUUACUGAGAAACAUUGAUUAAACACAGCCAUUUAGCAUGUGUCUUGCUCAUGAAGGUUGCAUACUAAUGAAAAAAGUACUGUGUGGGGACAGCUGAUUAUCAUCCAAAAUUUACUCCUUUGCAGCCAACAAACGAUGAAAUUACCCUAAACUACUUAUUUAUUUAUAUACAUAUUUUUUUCUUGUAUACAUAAUAUGGAUAUUGGCUUCCUCUUGAUUAGUUUAGCUUCAUUCUUCCAUUUGUGAUAACCAACAUUUCUAAUCUUCCAGUUUAUAAUAACCAGUAAUGAGAGCUUAAAGUCUUUAGAUCUGCUUUUUAAACCUUUUCCCAAAGAGGCCGUAUUAUAUAUGAUGUAGUAGGCCCAGUCUUUUAACAAGAAAAACAAAAGCAAAAAGAAACAAAAAAAAAAAAAGUGCUGAUAUUGAAGUACCUUUACAUUUUGUAAGCAACCAUUUUAGUUUUAUUUAUUUUACUUGUUUGUUUUAUUCCACAAUAUGUUUGCCACCAGCCACCAUCCGGCAAUAACAAAUGCAAAUUGUUUGUGAUACAAGGCUCGGCUUCCAUGCAGUCCUUCAGCCAGGCAGGUCGAAGGUGGAAUGCAUUUGGGGCUGCUGUCCAGUACACAUGUAAGGUGCUUCAACUUCUGGAUAAUAAAGAAAUAUCUGGCUUCAUGUGUAGGUCAGUGAAGUGACCUAUAUUUGGCUUUAUGUAUAAAUUUGUGAAUGGCUUGAUUGUACAGAGUUGGAGAUGUGUAAAUAAUGGUCCUUAUUUCACACUGUGUAAAAAAUAGCAAAUAAAUUAAUACUGACCUUAA